AUGGACCGGAUUUUGGACGGAGAUAUCGACAUCUACCAUGAAUUGGGGGUCGAGCCAGACGCCUCCACCGAAGACAUCACUAAAAAGUAUCGGCGCAUGGCCUUGAAGUACCAUCCAGAUAAGAACAGUUCACCCGAAGCGCCAGAUAAGUUCCACUUUUUCAGUCUUGUGCAUUCUGUUCUCAGCAGCCCUUCCUUGAGGAAACAAUACGACGAUUUGAGAGCUUCUCGAAACAAAAAGAGCGCCGAUGUUCGAGACGAUCUACUUGCGUUUCGCCAAAAGCUACAACAACAGGAAGUAGAGGUGCAGCAGCGGAAACGGCGCCAAUAUGAUGGAGCACCGCCUCUGAAUCUUGCCCAGCUUCAAACAGCAGGUCUCAAAAUUCGUCGACAGUACCAGCAAAAAUUGCAGAAACGGCUGCAAUACUCUACGAUCCUAGAUCUUCCUCCACCCAAAUACACAGAUGGGCUUCUACGGCCGCGGGUUGUGCGUGUGAGGUGGAAGUUCCGCGCAGAAAAGGAAGCGGCGAUUGACGAAAAGCGGAUUUGUAGUUUGAUGUCCCAAUUCGGGCCCGUUUCCUCGUCCAAGCUCUGUAGUAGUGACGACAGCUACGUUGUGGCUACUGUCACCUUUGAGACCCCAGAGGCUGCGAGAGCAGCAGCGCAGCAUAACUACAAGAAGAGCGCCAAGCUAUGGGAUGGAACGCCCGACAGAAAAGUGGCCAGUCUUCUACGCGGUGCUGAGCUCUGGGGCUUUUCAGAGCACUCGCAAUUGGAACAAGUCCUCGCGAAGAGAUAUGGCUAG